GCGAAUAAUGGCGUUAUUUGGUGUUUGAACGUUCGGCACCGCGCACAGCGUCCGGCUGCCCUUGUGUAGCAGAUCGCGUUCGUCGCUUGAUCCUGCGUUGAAGUCGUUUGUUCGUUCAGCUCGGUACGGCUUUCCAUCGUAGCAAAACGGUGCAAGAAAGUGGUGAACGUUGGGGAAGCUUAGUGAGGCGGAGCUUUUUGUUGGUGAUUGAUGAGUUUCAACGAUAAGGAUCAUUAGGUACACAACGGAAGCUGCCGCUCGGGUGCGGGUGAUUUAUGUUUGAACGAGUGAAAUACGACAUCGACAUCGACGUAAACUGCCAGUGACAUAACAGCCGAAACAGGUGCCAAUGUUAAGCUGAGGUGAAACGUUUACGCCGUUAUCGUAGCAUAGCGACCGGAAACCAUCUCAAAUCCCAACCCCAGAAGAUUCAUAAACCAUCCCCGAUACACAGCCGAAAGGCUACUGCAUGACAGGAUGAAGGUUUCACUGUACAUAAUAUUAAUCUCGAUCUUGCUCAGCAAGCAUUACGCGUUAUCGCACAUAAUCAGGAAACGGCAACUCUUUCGCGAGCAAGUGCUGCCGCAUGCCGGAGGCAAAAUACCGGACUCGGCCUUUUUAACCGAUCGUUUGGCGCUGAACCGGCUGCAGAAGGAUGGCAUUGCCGUGCCGGACGGUGUGCUGCUCGAGCAGCGCCAGUACCAGGUGUACCCGCACCAGCACCGUACCGUACGGCCAACGUUCCGCGUCGUGCAGACGCCGGACAAUCGGUACAUCUCGCCGGAGGGCGAGUACAGCCACAAUGCGCUGGCGACGGUCGAUACGACGUACUUGAUACCGCACGCCGGUGACAAAUUGCUGCUGCAUGAUCAUCCCCAUCAUCGGCCGCCCCAUUACGCCAUCCCGAAGGCACCGAUCCUCAAGGAACUUCGGCUGCCGAACUAUGCCGUGUUUAAUUUCGACUACAAAAAGAAGAAACCGCACGUGGGAGGAGCAGUGGUCCAGCUGGGGAAGGUCCCGCUGGGCUCGUACGAACACUAUCGCCCACCGAAGCCAUUGGACGGUGGAUGGGCCCAGAGAUUACCUCAAGAUUUUGUGAGCUACCAUGCAGCUGUCGGUAAUGGUCACAAUUAUCCAUCAACCCAUCACGUACCUUCGUCGUCGUCGUCGUCGUUGCCGUACGGAAGCGACAUUGGCGGCAGCUGGAACAGUGGCUGGGCCCCGUCCACGGGCAGUUCAUCGGGCGAGUCUCUUUCGCCGCAACCGCUCGGCAGUUUCGAGGACUAUUAUAGUCAGUUGAGCGAUAAGCACCGCUUCUACCGAAACGUGGGCGAGCGAACGCCGGCAGCGGGACCAAAGCCCGCCAGCGUACUGUGCCGAGAUCGCCAGCGUGGCCAUCCGCAAUGCCAUCAAGCUUAAAAUUGACUUCCUGUGACGGGGCCGGAAGUGUAUCGCGGGCGAAAGUUGAUACCAUUCAGUCACCCAUUUCACCGUACAUUAGGCAUAAGGAUGUCAGGCGCGCGAUAGGCCAUCUAAAGGACCUUUCGCGAGCGCGAGAACCUGUACCUGCUAUGGCUGAUGGUGAGAUUAAUAGAGUGAUUGACGGGAUCAAACGCCAAAACGUGGACGCGUCGACUCUGGCGGUGUUGGACCUGCUCGCAGGGAACAAUGCUGGGCAAUAGGAGAUCACACACACACAGAGACAAAAAGAACGUUUACUUUUCCGCUCUAGAGAUUGUGAUUAGAUAAGUGACCAUAAAGAAAAUAAAAAGAGAGAAUGUUCAAGUACAAAAAAAA